AAUCGACGCAACACAUCAAGUUUUAGUAACAUCAACACCACAUUGUGCCAUUCACCUCCAAGGCCAAGUGAGCUUCACCCCUGCGCCUCGUCGUCGGAGCGACGACGUCAACGAUGAAGACCUCGGCUUGUUUCAGCUAUGCAGGCAGGGGUUUAAGGCUAGAACACCUCCAUCGGCACAGGCAAGCAUCUCCACCCAGAACCGGUUCAAUCCUCGCCGCGCCCCACAGUUUGCCUUCAACCCCGGGUGAUGUAUUUGUGAUUGGUGAUUCAAUCGUAAGAAAUCUGAACAUUGCAUGCCCUAAUCAGAAAUCUUUUGUUUCUUGUUUUCUCAGUUCUCAUGUCCGAGAUGUUAUGAGACAUGUGCUGACAGUCUUCGAGAAGCACAAGAACAGGGCAGUGGGAUCCAUUGUAAUACACGCAGGGGUAAACGACGUGAGACACCAACAGUCGGAGAUUCUCAAGGUGGACUUCGCAGCACUAAUCAAAGCCAUGAAGGAGAGGACCCCGUCUGCAAGAAUCUUCAUCUUGGGUCCCCUACCUCUCAUUAGAAGAUCAAACGAGUAUUACAGUGGUCUGCUGGGAUUAAACACCUGGCUGAAAGGCUUCUGCGAGAAUCAAAACAUCGGGUUCGUAGACAAUUGGGACCUCUUCUGGGAGAGGCCGCGUUUCUUCAAGCGGGAUGGUCUGCAUCCAAAUAGAUUUGGCGCCCGGGUCCUCUCCGAAAACAUUGCUAAGGUAAUUCGUUUCUCUUGACUGUCUAUUUUUAUUCCUAA